ACACGAAUUUAAUUUGCCAGCUGGCCGUGAAAUUUGGCAAGACAUUUGCGAUUUCUGGCUAUAAAAACAGACGAUUGGUUCCUACAGUCUAUCUAAUAAACCCAAAAUGGCUUUCAAGUACGUCCUGUUGUCCUUCGCCGCUCUGGUGGGCGUGGCAAGUGCUGGUUACCUGGCUCCUGCCACCGCCUACGCCGCUGCCCCGAUUCCCGUGGUGGCCAAGGUGGCCCAGCCGCACUUCGAUGCCGUCGGCACCACCCAGCAGAAUGUGGUGCGCUCCUUCGGCGGCACCGUGUCCACCUACUCCAAGAACGUGGUCACCCCGUACUCCAGUGUCAGCAAGGUGGACUCCCGCAUCACCAACAAUGUCUACACCCCCAAGACCCUCUACUCCGCUCCCGCUCCCGUGAUCACCAAGUCCUUCUACGCCGCCGCUCCUGCCCCAGUUGUUGCCAAGACCGUGUACUCCGCUCCCGCUCCAGUUGUGGCCAAGACCGUGUACUCCGCCCCCGCUCCAGUCUACGCUGCUGCGGCUCCAGUUGUGACCAAGGCUGUGUACUCCGCUCCCGCUCCAGUUCUGGCCAAGACCGUCUAUGCUGCUCCUGCUCCCGUGGUGGCCAAGACCGUGUACUCUGCUCCCGUGGCCAAGGCUGUCUACGCUGCGCCUGCUCCAGUGGUGGCCAAGACUGUCUACUCUGCUCCUGCCCCAGUUUACUCUGCUCCUGCUCCAGUUUACUCCGCUCCUGCUCCAGUCUAUUCCGCUCCCGUGGUGGCCGCCGCUCCCGCCGCCUUCGUGAAGUACUCUCCAGCUGCUGUGGUCGCCCACGCCAGCUUCGAUGGAUUCGGCUCCCACUGGGGAUACUAG